AUGGCGAUGCAACGUAUCAUAUCUGGUCUGAAGUCUCCUUGGGCGGUGGGAUUCUCGGCUUUUGGCGUCUUGUAUGGUGGAUAUAACAUUAUUGAGUAAGUUUAAUAUUUGUUCUAAGAUGAGGUCCAUUUCUAAUAAUUCAUAACUAUUCUCUUUUAGUAUGACCCAAGCUGGGUCCAAGUACGAGCUGGAAGCAGAUUUGACCGGAAAAACAUACGUUGUAACGGGCGCUACGAGUGGAAUCGGCAAAGUAAGCCAAUUUUUUACGAUUUUUAUCAGUUUUAGGUUUUUCAUCAACAAAAAAUUUUAGGAGACAGCUGAAGAGUUGGCCAAGAGAAAUGCCAGAGUGAUUAUGGCUUGCCGCAACCGCCAAAAAUGCGUAUCCACCAGAAGGGAUAUUGUUUUAUCGACGAAGAACAGGAACGUCUUUUGCCGUCAAGUUGAUCUGGAGAACUUUGAUAGCAUUAAAAACUUUGUGGAAAAGAUUAAUAACGGCAAGUACGCAUUGGAUAGGAUCGAUGGGGUGAUAAACAACGCCGCUGUAAUGAAAUCGACGAGGACCAUCAACAAGGAUGUAAGGAUAAUUUUUUUCUUUGAUUUCUCAAUUAAAGUUAUUUGCGGUUUUUAGGGAAUAGAAUCGAUGUUGGCAACAAAUUACCUUGGAACUUUUCUCUUGAACGCAUUGUUGUUACCUAAGUUGCUCGAACAAAAUCACCCAGUCCGAUUGGUCUUCCUCAACACAAAUUUGGUUAAUAAAUUGUGAGAUUUUUAUUGUGUCUGCAGGUUUAGGUGGAAGGAGAUUUAAAUUUUGUUUUAGGAAAAACGUGGACAUAGAAAACUUUAAUAGCGAACCAGUAGAAGGCAAAAAGUUUGAUGGUUAUGAGGUAUAUAAAACAACAAAAUUGGCCGAAGCCGCGUUUGCAUUGGAACUAGCGGAUCGACUGAAAGGUAAUUUUUGCUUUUUAAAAAAACAAGAUUUUUUGCUUGAUAUUUUUUGGGGAGGACGGUCAUGUAUCUCUGAUAUGUGCCAUUGAUAAUACAUAAUACAGUAUAAUAUAAUUUUUUUCUAUUUGUAGGCUCAAAUGUUUCGGUUCUGCUCGCCGAUCCUGGCCGAACGGCCACCAAUUUGGAGAAGGAACUAAGCCACAAUAAUUUCUUUUUGAGUAGGUGGCUUGUAAACUUCACUGGAUUUAUCAUGGGAAGAAGAAAGGUCCAGAAGGCUGUAAGGCCUGUUCUCUAUGCGGUGGCCGACGAGGAGGUGGAUGGAAAGACCAAGAUCUUCAUUGAGUAAGUAGUGCUGAGUUUAUAAACCGAUUUUUCAUUAAAAAAAUAUGCACUGGGCAAAAAAAAAUUUUUCCCUCCGCAAUGAAAAAAAUUUCUUUCUUAGGCGGGCGCACACUUGCGGGCAACCACUUUGCGGGCAACCAGUUUGCGGGCAAAUUUUUUGCGGGCAGCCACUUUGCGGGCAGCCGACAUUUGCGGCCAGCCUGGAACAUUUGCGGGCAGGGUCGACAGUUGCGGGCAGCCUGGAAGAUUUGCGGGCAGCCGACAUUUGCGGGCAACCGACACCUGAUUGUGAGGCUAACAGGGUGGAGGGGGAAAAAUUACUAUGAUAUUUUGGAAAUUUGCCGACAUUUGCGGGCAGCCGACAUUUGCGGGCAACCGGCACUUGAGGAUAACAAGGUGGAGGUGGAAAAAUUACUUCGACAUUUUGGAAGUUUUCCGACAUUUGCGGGCAGCCGACACUUGCGGGCAGCCGACAUUUGCGGGCAACAGUUCCAAAAGUUCCUAUACAGUCUGUGUGAUUGUUUUUUCCUGUUGCCCGCAAAUGUCGGCUGUCCGCAAGUGUCGGCUGCCCGCAAAUGUCAGCUGCCCGCAAGUGUCUCAGCUGCCCGCAAAAGUUUCAGCUGCCCGCAAAUGUGACCCCCCAAAUUUUGCCCGCAAAAAAUUUGCCCGCAAACUGGUUGCCCGCAAGUGUCGCGACGCCCUUUCUUAGUUUGAUCAAAAAUGAAUUUCUCAUCGUAUUUUAGCCGAGAACGCAAAGAACAGACCUGGAGUGAGCUUUUGGACGACCCCAAACUCCGCGAAAAACUAUGGUUAAUAGCAGAAAAAUGGACGAAAUACACGGAAAGAGCACUCGAAUUAAACCCAAAUGCUGUGAGUACUACGGUAGCUACAACUACAACUCCGGUACAAAGCCAAGGCCGGAAAUGGUUCUACUUCUUCUAG